AUGAGGAGAGUGUUUGGAGUAAAAAAAGACAAAGAACCCCCUCCCACCGUUCAAGACGCCUCGGAUCGGAUCAAUAAGAGAGGUGAUUCAGUUGAGGAGAAGAUAAAUAAGCUUGAUGCUGAAUUAGCUAAAUACAAAGAACAGAUCAAGAGGACCCGACCAGGUCCAGCACAAGAAGCCGUCAAAGCUCGAGCCAUGAGGGUUCUCAAGCAGAAGAGAAUGUAUGAAGGUCAACGUGAUAUGCUCUACAAUCAGACGUUCAACCUAGAUCAAGUUGCAUUUGCUGCUGAGGGGAUUAAAGAUGCGCAACAAACAACGUCAGCCUUGAAGACGGCAAACAAAGAGCUGAAGGGAAUGAUGAAAACUGUGAAAAUUCAAGACAUAGAUAAUUUACAAGAUGAGAUGAUGGACCUCAUGGAUGUGAGCAAUGAGAUUCAAGAGUCCCUUGGUAGAAGCUAUAGUGUACCUGAUGAAAUAGAUGAGGAAGAGCUCUUGGGUGAGCUUGAUGCUUUGGAAGCGGACAUGGGGAUGGAAACUGAAAGUGAUGGUGUGCCAUCUUAUCUUCAGCCGGAUAAGGAAUCUGAUCUGGACGCAGAGUUCAACUUGCCAUCAGCACCAACAGGACAUGCUCCAGCCCCAGGUAGCAGAACAAAUGCACAGACUGAGGACGAACUUGGUUUGCCCGCUGUUCCUGGAGCUUCACUCCGAGGUUAAAGAGGAAAUUCACUGUUGGAAAUUCUCACUUAGCGGAGGUGUUCAGAUGGCCAUUGAAAACAUAACUUGUGGAAUUUUCUGUUGGUGCUGUUUUUCUCUUCUUCAUUUUCAGGGAUGUUCUGUUAAUAUUUAAUGUAGUGAUUCUCUUUUCCUUUCUAUUGUUUGGAAUGAUGGGUGUGUGCAUAUUGGUAAAGAAAAUAUCAUUCUGGAUUGGUUGGGCCAUGCACGUGAAUUUUUAUUUUU